AUGGCGAAACACAUCUGGGGGCUUCUUCUGGAGGCACUUUUUGUAGUAGCGGUGGUGUUCGCGGCAGAAGAACAGAAGAAAACGUACAUCGUUCAUAUGGAGCAGGCAGAGAGUGUGAGUGGCGCGCGUCUGAGGUCCUUGCAACAAGCCUCUCUCGACGCAAUUGAUGCGGAUCCUGCCUCUGUCCUAUACACCUACUCCAGUGCAAUGAAUGGAUACGCUGCUCAGCUUACCGAAGCACAAGCCGAAGCGUUGCGCGCCUACGGAGGUGUGUUGUCGUUUCUCGGCUUCGCCAGCAACGAAGACCUAUACGGGCAGUCCUCUUUAAGCCAUAGCGCCUAUCUUGAGGAGAUAAAUGAAACAGACUUCAAAGAAGCCGAGUCGAAUAUUAUCAUCGGCCUGCUUGACACCGGAGCUUGGCCCGAGAACCCAGGUUACAGCGACGAGGGGAUGGGCCCCAUUCCGGAGAAAUGGAGGGGACAGUGUGAGGAGGGGGAACAGUGGACGGUUAAAAACUGUAAUAAGAAGCUGAUCGGAGCGCGAUUCUAUUAUAAGGGAUACACUGCCGCGAGGUCAAAUGCGACUAACCUAUUCAACUGGACUGGAGAGUAUAAAUCCCCUAGGGAUAACAUCGGCCACGGCACGCAUACUUCCACGACCGCGGCCGGUUCCGAGGUUCGAAAUGCAGGCUAUAAUAGCCUAGCAAAGGGCACCGCCCGCGGUAUCGCUAAAUACGCACGUAUAGCUAUGUAUAAGGUCUGCUGGAAGGAAGACUGCGCAGAGUCCGACAUCGCCGCUGCCAUAGACCAAGCCAUCAUGGACGGCGUCAACGUCUUAUCGUUAUCACAGGGCCCUAACGAAACCGCAUUUCACAAUCACGAUGCGAUUGUCGUGGGAAGCUACGCCGCUAUGGAAAAGGGCAUCUUCGUCUCCUUAUCCGCCGGCAACGACGGGCCCGAACCCGGCACUGUGAACAAUAUUCCACCGUGGGCGAUGACUGUCGCCGCCAGCACGCUGGAUCGCGACUUUCCUGCCGAACUCAAGCUGGGAAGCAACAAAAUUGUAACUGGCGCCAGUUUGUACAGAGAUAGUGCUGCAGGGGGAAAGCACCAAUCAGCAGCAGAUUCUGGGAUGCUCCGUCUCGUUCUCGGCGCGGACGUCAGCAAGGGGAACGCUUCUACCGCAUCUUUCUGCCUGAAAGACAGCCUUGACCCGAAGAAAGUGGCCGGAAAGGCUGUGAUCUGUCGCCUGGGAAGGGGUUCUCUGAGAGCAAAGGGACAGGUUGUCAAGGAAGCCGGCGGCCGUGGGAUUGUCAUUGUCAGCCCGGCUCUGCUGGGUGAUGAGGCGUACGCAUCCUAUUACGUCCUUCCAGGGAUACACUUGAGCUACAAGCAAAGCAUUGAAGUGGAGGCUUAUGCAAAAACGCCGAAUGCCACAGUUACCUUUCAGUUUCGUGACGGCAGAGUCGGUAUACCGGCACCGAUCAUCGCCGGCUUCAGCGGUAGAGGCCCAAACAUGGCGGCGCCUAACCUGCUCAAGCCUGACAUCACCGGUCCAGGUGUAGACAUUCUAGCCGGCUGGACAAACGACAACUCAAGCACUAAUAAGGGUGAUUUCGCCAUCAUCUCUGGAACUUCCAUGUCCGCCCCUCAUCUGGCUGGCAUCGCGGCAUCUAUCAUGGCACGACGUCCAAAGUGGAGCGCUGCCGAGGUCCGCUCUGCCAUCAUGACUACCGCAUAUACCACACUCAAAGGCACCUCAUCGCCUAUGUUAGAAAAGCCGAAUGACACUAUUACGAACCCUCUCAGUUAUGGAAACGGCCACGUGGACCCGAUAGCUGCCUUGGACCCGGGUAUGGUCUACGAUAUUUCCCCGUACGAGUACCGCGACUCUCUUUGCGCUUUCAAUACUACGGUGGAGUUCACGAGAGGAAUCACACGGAGCAACUUUACCUGCGCUCCUGGGGUGAAGCGUAGCGUCUACGACCUCAACUAUCCUUCCUUCGCCGCGUUCUACAACGUCUCAACGACGAACGGAACGCACACGGCCAUGUUCUCGCGCACUGUCAAGAACGUGGGCGGUGCCGGAACUUACAACGUUCGCGUCUUGGUAGAUAAACCGGACAUGGUCACGGUCAGCGUGAAGCCCGCUGCGCUUGUGUUCACAUCUGAAGGGGAAAAGCAGACUUAUGUAGUAGCAGCGAAGAUGCAACCGUCUCGUAUCGCUAAUGCCACGGCCUUUGGCAGACUGGAAUGGUCGGAUGGGAAGCACGUAGUGGGCAGUUCGAUGGCUUUCGUAUGGGGUUUUUCGCGUUGA